CUCACCUCACCAACAACCAACCCCCAUUUUCACCCACGCCCAUGGGCACUAUCUCCCAUUAUCACAAUCUAGACCUCCCUCUUUUGGAAAAUCACAGGCUUCCAAUCUUGCUCUAAUCUUCUAAUCCCGAAGCUUGAAGUUCUUGGUAUCUCUUGUUCGACAGCUGUUUGAAGCAGCUGUUUCGACACCCGCCUGUACCCGAGGUGCUCCCCCCGUUUCCACGUGGGUUCAAAUCUCCGAUACGCUGCUUUUUCUCCUCCCCCCCCUUCUACGAUGGACCGUCUAGGGUAGCCUCGACGGGAUUACGGCACACAUGGCAAAGAGACAGAUAUUCUCCUCUUGUUCUCUUACCAUACUCGUCACCUGCACUAGUAGACUGUCGUGCCUGUGUGGCUCAACUGCCGCGGCCACAGUCGUCCGAUGUGUGCUCCUCAGAUUGGGAACGGCUUCACCUCUAGCGUUUCGGAGAACGCCCCUCUUUUCGGAAACCGGUAAGCGGCAGGGGGUUCGUGACAUCGUCUCACGUUGGCAGGGGCGGCAUCUCUCUUUUCCAGAGCUUGGCUCACCAGAUCCCCUCACCCUCAGCCUGUUUGGAUCUCGGGCCAUGGAGCUGUUAUGGAUACAGGUCUGGACUUUCGGGCUCGGCUCCAACUCCGUCGGAAUCCACUCAAACCUCACACGCCAACCACCCGUUGAAGAACAGAGUCGCAACGACAAGACGGAUCUGCAGACUGCAGCCGACCCUCCUUCCCAUAUGCGUCUUCUUCACCCUUAUGUCCUUCCUGCAAGGCCGGGGUUGCUUGCUGCUUCUGAUCUCCGAACGUGA